AAGUGAUCAUUAUUAAUUUUAGCGGCAGCAAUAUCGCGCGCGAAGUACUCAGGCUGACGGGUUUGUUUACUUUUUUGCCAUGAAAAACUCGCUAAGCGCGUUCAUGGUUUUUACGUCGGUUGCAGUAUUACACGUGUCGCAACUUAAUAACUGACGAUUGAAUUGUGAGUACUUACUACUCGUAUACAGAUCCUGGCCCUUCAUUGAAUCACAAUUCUCAUUCGUUCGUUUGAUGAGGUAUCUUAAGAUUUUGGUAGUACGGUGUUGGCCAUGCUCAGCGGCGUGAUGCUGUAUCUUUAACCUAAUCUUGUUCGUUUUGGAAGACUGACGACUAUCUGAAUCCAACACAUCAACGAUAAGGUCCAUAAUGAGAUAUUUCUGGUCUUCAUUCGUUUCCAUCCUCUUAUGCGUGAUCAUCCUUGUCCAGUUAAUCGAGCCAGUAUUAUCAGGAAGAUCGCGUGGUGGUUGGGGUCGCGUUAGCAGCGCCGGGGCGAAUGCUUCGGGCGCAGAAGCAGGAUCGAGACGAUGGGGUAGCUCCGCCCCAGCGGAUUCAUCGCAACCUAAUUAUAAAGCCGCCGGAAAUUCCGUUACCCGGAGCGCUGCCAAUCGACCGGCUGCCAAUGCGCCCAUUCCCUCGCACGGCACCAUUGUCCAACCGGUGUACAACACAAACACUACCGUCAUCAACAACUCUAUCGCUGGAGAUUUUUUCCCUGGUGGUUUUGGAACCGGGAGUUUAUUGUUGUCCGAUGCUGGUGGUAUGGUUGGUGGUUAUCUGCUGGGCAAUAUGGUGGCCCGUAGCCUGUACUCGCGCAACGGCUGCUGUUAUUCAUGCGGAUGUGGAUACUAUGGACCGCGACCACCAUGGUAUUAUGACUUGUACGUUCCCUAUCGCUAUCGUUAUCAAACGAUGACAGCAGGGACGCUGCGAACUAGUAAUUUUAAUAUCCCGAAAUUAAAUGGCACUGCAGCGGUGUCGAGCAGUUCAACCAACACCGGAAGCAGUGCUAAUAGCAUUCCUACCGAACGGCCAUUGUUUGCUGGUGCACUGUUUGAGCAGUGGCUCGAAAUGGUCCGUAAAGGCGAUACAAAUGUCUGCAAAAUUUUCAGUUACGCUAACAUUCCAGAAUGUCUCAGUCAACCGCCGGUUAUAGCCGGUGAAACAACCGCAGCACCACAAGCCAGCAAGCCGACGGAUCUUUGCACGCUCGCGCGAUGGAAUAUGGAGCUUCCUUUUACGGAAUUGCCGAAUAUGGCAUUGACAUUCCUAGCUAGUGAUAAUAUCUCUGGGGAAGCGAUUGCGGACAAAGCUGAGUUUUUCUACCUGUUUCUAAACAACACUGUUGAACCGUACGGCACAUUACCCGCAACGACCAAUGUUUAUCAAAUCGAUCCUGCGUACAAUCUGCGGACUUGCAAUUUUGGUAUACCAAAAUUAUAUGGCCUUGCAGCGGAAUCGUCUGGGAACAAUUCAACCCAAACUAGAAGUGGUGCUCAGAGCACGACUGAACGGCCAUGGUUUGCUGGUGCACUGUCUGAGCAGUGGCGCGAAAGGGUCCGUAAAGGCGAUACGCAUGUCUGCGAAAUGUUUAGUUACGCUAACAUUCCAGAAUGUCUUAGCCAACCGUCUGGCCAGGAAGAACCCAUUUAUACAGCCGUUAAAAGACUAACCAGCCUUUAUACAAAUGCCAGCAGCGACAACACUCUGUUGUUAGAAAUCGUAUUGUCCGCUAAGAAAUGCUAUCCCAAAGACACUGCGCCACCCAAACAGAUCAUUCCUUGUUUGGACCACUCAGUGGGUGUGGCACAAGUCACGUCUCUAGAAAAUUCUACUUCUGUAUUUGGAAACGAGGAAGUGUGUCGAAAAUUUUUAAACCCGAAUAUUACAUCGUGUAUACCACAAGACUCAACAUUUCCUUGCACCGCUGUUGACCUUACCAACCUUAAUGUCUUCGUCAGAAAUUAUUACUUAUGCAAGGAUCCGGUGGAUCCUCAACUGGUUUCGCAUUUAAAAGCAUGGCACUGAGGGCAUGCAAAGAACGGAGUUCCCAGCCAAACAGUGUUAAAGCGGCUCGAAGCGGUUCACCAGGUUGUGGCUAUCUGUUCCGGUCAGGUGUAUAAAAGCGUAGCAUGACUGCGCACAUUUAUCGAAAGGUGUCCAUUCUGUUUUCAAACUUUAUUUCGUCCUUUCGUUUGUACGGAACGUUCUAAUGGAUUAAAUCGAGGGUCUGGCAGCACGUUGGUCUGGUGCUUCUUAAUUCUGAGAAUCGUAAUCAUAGCUGAUUCGUGACCUUUCAUAUUUUUCCACCUGAACAGAUUAGUACCGUCGAAGCGCUGAAUAAGCAAUUUCGAGUUGAGAUCCUUGAAGAG